AUGCGAUUUAAUCUAAGCUCACUAGAACUGAGCUCCCUCUAUGCAUUGCUUUCCGUUUAUUCGGGCGAGUCGAGUACUGUAACUCAUCACCCUGUUCUCCCGCCAUCCAACCCGCUAGCGGUGCGCAACCUGUAUCUAUCGGUAUGGAUGCCCAGCGACCGAGUACAGCAGCUCCCAUAUGCUGAACCUCAAUUCUGGACCGGCAAGGAGCUGGGCUGGUCUGUGAUUGUCCGUGUAGAUGGUCAGGCAUAG